AUGGAUUCCAAAGAUGAGAUAUUGUUCAAUCAACCUAUAGUUCUAGACAAUGGGUCUGGGCUAAUAAAGGCGGGGUUUGGAGGUGAAGAUAAACCUAAAUGUUAUGAACAUUCUUUGGUGGGGAUACCUAAAUAUAGUAAAGUUAUGGCUGGAAGAUUCGAUGGGAAUACUUUCGUUGGAAACCAAGCACAGGAAAUACGGGGUCUUUUGAAGCUACGCCAUCCUUUAGAACAUGGCGUUGUGACAGAUUGGAAUGCAUUGGAGCAGCUAUGGGGGCAUGUUUUCGAAAAAGGAUUACAGCUGAGCAGUUUGCAAGAUCAUCCGGUGUUGGUCACUGAGGCACCAUUGAAUCCCAAAAAGAAUAGAGAACAGAUGUGCGAGUUAUUAUUCGAAACUUUUAGUGUACCUGCGGUAUAUGUAUCGAUUCAGGCAGUGCUUUCGCUAUACGCCAGUGGGCGAACAACAGGAUGCGUAUUGGAUUCCGGUGAUGGUUGUUCACACGCAGUUCCAGUUUACGAUGGUUACACAUUACCAUCAGCUAUACGAAGGAUUGAUAUAGCUGGUCGUGAUAUAUCAGAACUUUUGCAAGUUCUUAUACGAAAGUCCACUGGGGUUUCCUUGCUUUCGAGUAGCGAAAGAGAGAUCGUUCGAAUCAUCAAAGAGAAAGCGUGCUAUAUAGCAUUGGAUCCGAAAGAAGAAGAGAAAAACUACACAAUGCACGGAAAACAAACAAUGUUCAGACUGCCAGAUGGGAAACAGAUUGAACUUGAUAAUGAGAAAUUCAGAGCGCCAGAGAUUUUAUUCAAUCCUCAGUUAAUCGGUUCAGAAUUCCAAAGCUUGCCAGAAAUACUAUACGAAAGUAUACAAAAAGUAGAUCUAGAUUUACGAACAUCACUAUUUUCUAAUAUAGUAUUCAGCGGUGGUACUACAAUGAUACCAGGUUUUGGUGAUAGAGUUCUAAAGGAGUUGAAGUUAAGUUGCGAACCGCAGACAAAAAUCAAGAUAUUCGCACCACCAGAAAGAAAAUAUAGCACAUGGAUUGGAGGAUCGAUACUCUCUGGAUUAUCAACGUUCAAAAAGAUAUGGGUGACAAAAAAGGAGUGGGAAGAAAAUCCAAGAUGCGUACACGCCAGAUUCCUAUGA